UUCUGUCAUACAUAUUAUUGCUUAUUACUAUAUUUAUUUCUUUAGAAAUGUCAGAUAAAAGUACUCCAAUUGUUGCGCCGGAUGGUGGAAUGAUCAAAAUUGCCAAUUCCGGUGAUCACGACCCUGUCUAUGAUAAGCUAGAACAUGCAUUUGGAGUUUCAACAGCAACAAAUGGGACGUUGUCAGCGGAAUUCGAUUCAUCGGCUGAACUCAUCAUGAAAUUACAGAACAUGUUGAGGAGCAUCGAACUCAGUUUGGACAAAGGUAUGGUAAUAAGUAGAGCCAGGAUUUUUAGGCACGAUUAA